UGGAGGAACUGAACGACCUAAUUGCUUUGUCUUUUAUUAAACCGUAAGGAGACUCAAAUAAACAAACAGAUCAACAGACAAAGAAACAGCAGAGAGAGAGAGAGAAUGGAGAAGGGCAAGGGAGUCGUAGCACGAAGAUGGGCCAUCGAUUUUACUGAUAAUUCAAUCUCCCCUUCCUCUCGGGAUAUUCCGGAUCCUCUUGGUUAUGCUCGAGCUUCUUCAGAUCAGGAUGAUUCGACUGUUAGUCGCCAAAAGAAGGACGCCGAAGCGAAUUGGAAAGCGCAGAAAGCUUGGGAAGUGGCCCAAUCGCCUUUAAAGAAUCUGCUAAUGAUGGGCUUCAUGAUGUGGAUGGCUGGAAGUGCAGUUCAUCUGUUUAGCAUUGGCAUCACAUUUUCAGCUCUUUGGCAACCCAUAAACGCCCUCCAAGGGGUUGGAAAGAUUUUUGAGCCUUACAAGGAUUCAAAAGUAGAUAUUCUUGCACCUAAGUUACUUUUUAUUGCCUUGAACCUGGUAGGUCUAGCAUUGGGUGUCUGGAAGCUCAACACAUUGGGUCUUCUUCCAACACAUGCAUCAGAUUGGGUAUCGUCCUUACCCCCUGCUCAGGAGAUUGAAUAUGCUGGCGGGGGCAUUCCACUCCAUUAAUGCAUUGAUUGGUUUGGUUGUGCAACAUAGUCAGUUUCUAUAACCAGGUGAUGUACAAGGGAUUACUGGAGGGAACUUGCUCUCUUGGAGACGGAGACUAUAUUUUAUCUGUGGUUCUCCAGGCAAUAUAUGCCGCAUGGUUCGACUGUUUCUCUUACAUGGAUGGUGGAUCAGGCGAUUCAAUUAUCUGGGCCUAGGAAAAAAACUAAGACACGUUGAUGGCUGCCCUUUUUACCUUGACAACAUUUGUAUUUUUGGUAAACUGUUGGGAAGUGCGUUAAUAUACUGCGACAUGUUAUCUGUUACAAAGAUUCUUUUUGUUGAUCAAAUUCCAUAUUUGAAUUGUGCUAAUGUGCUUUAUAAAAACAGGUUAUUCAUCUCUA